AGAGCGGGUUGACACGGUGCCGGAGCCUUGUGAUGGUGUUUUGGGAAGCACGGUUCACAUCCAGGAUGGUCCGACAAGGAUCCAAUGUGAUGGUGAAAGCCAAAGCGAGCUCCGGUGGGAUCAGCGUCUGCGAGAGGGGCGUCAAAUCCUCCAAGGUCGGCAAACCCUGCUCCCAGUCGACCACCCUCUCCUGCGCGGCAUCAAAAUCGACCAUUUCCUCAUCUUCUCCCAUCCAGAACCAGAAUCACCGCCACCAACCAAGCCUUCUACGAUCUAACCGACACCAAUGGGAGUUCGGGCAAGAGGAGGGAGGUCGGCGGCAGGAGGAGCCGAGGAGGUCGGCGGGCCGGGCCGGAUCGGGCCGAACCUUACUGGGCCCGGCCCGGCCCGAUACCCACCCUAGGUUAGCGAGAAUGAAUGAGAAAGCAAGUGAGGAGAGAAAAAAAAUGGGAAAAUGAAGCAUCGACAGAAGAACCAAAGAAAAAUAUCCUUGCUCGAGCUAACGAGCCCAGUUGGCUUAAGCGAGCUUCGUUAAACUAACUUGAACUAGACUUGAUAAAAUAAACGAGUUGAACAGACUUGUUGAGUAGAAAAGCUGGCUCAAACUCGAGUUAGACCCGAGCCUUAAUGAGGCGAAUUAGACUUGCUCGGCUCGUUUUUCACCCCUCUGUGGUAGACCAUCGAGUAAUGGGAGGGGUUCGAAUGUUAAAUCCGUACCGAUAGUUUUCGUGCACAUGGAUCGCGCACAAAAACUCGGUCUCGCUUCGCGCCCUGACGGGCUGACGGCCCCAUACACAAGCACUCAUGCUGCCCCGAAGCAUUUGAUCCGUUUCGCGGGGGAGGAGGGUGCGUCUGCGCCCAUGUCGACAGAAGUGAUAUCUAGUGGAGAUUGAUUGAGAGUCCCCCAACGGAACAAGGAGGAGAAGACGGGACAGGGGAGAACCAGCGAUGGGAAGGUACCGAAGCAGGAGCAGAAGCUACAGCCCCAGACGAAGCAGGAGCUGGAGCCCUCCUCGGAGGAAGAGGUAUGACGACCCCAGGGACCGACAAAGAGGGGAGAGGUCAUCUAGGUUUUACGGAGACCGGCGGUCCUCCGCUCCUUCAGGCCUCCUCGUUCGAAAUGUUGCCCUAGACGCCAGACCCGAGGAUUUAAGGAUUCCAUUUGAACGGUUUGGACCUGUGAAGGAUGUGUAUCUUCCAAAGAAUUAUUAUACAGGGGAGCCACGGGGGUUUGGAUUUGUGAAGUUUCGGAAUGCUGAAGAUGCAGCAGAAGCCAAGCAACAGAUGAAUCAUCAGGUUAUUUUGGGGCGUGAAAUAACCAUUGUUUUUGCAGAAGAAAACCGAAAGACACCUGCUGAAAUGCGUGCUACUGCACGCAUUAGUGGUAGAUAUAUGGAAGGAAGCUUUAGACGUAGAACACCACUACGAUCACCAAGGCAUCGUUAUCAAUCCUACUCAAGGUCACUUUCUCCAUCAAGGCGUGAUUCAAGGGACAGAGUCUAUAACACAAGAGAUGACUGCUCAGAACCAAGGUCUAGGUCUCUGUCACCUCCAGAUUAUGAUGGCAGGGAUUAUCGAUCACACAGAAGAUCCUUGAGCCCCCAUGAGAAUGGAAAUUUUAGCCGUUCUCGUUCUCAUUCAUACAGUCCACGAUCAUGACAUGGCAUUGUUCAGCUGCCUUCUUGCUUUCCGCUAGAUUCAAGUAGGAGUUGGGUGUUGAAAUACCAAAUUUGACCCUUUUUAAUGUAUCGAUGGUUUGGAAAGGAAUGGUAGCUUUCGUUUUCCUGUCUUCCCUUUUUUGUGGGAUGUUUUGGAUGGUUGAUUUGCACAAACAUGUUUCUGUAUUUUGAACCUUUUGAUUGCAACGAUCGUAUAGUUGUGAAACGUCCUCGUUCAUUUUGUAUGACAACCUGUGCUGUCA